ACUGAGAAUCCGCCUCCCCAAGCCUGGCUGAAAUUCCGCUUUCGAUUGGUUCUUACGUCAAGAGCGCAGCGACAUUUCCUGAAAUUAACCUCUGGGUCCGAAACCUUGAGCAAAGAUGGCGGCGGCCAGGUGCUGCAGGCUAGUGCUCCGCGGACCGGGGCUGUCAUUGCACACUGCGGCCGAGGCCGCCGUCACGGCUCCAGAAGUGGCCGGCCCCGAUGUCACGGCGGCCCCCGUCGCGCGCUACCCGCCGAUUGUGGCCUCCCUGACUGCCAAGAGCAAGGCGGCACGGCAGCGGCGAGUGGAGCGGUGGCAGGCGACGGUGCACAAGGCCUUGUCGGUGGACGAGAAGCUGCGAAUCCUUACCAAGAUGCAGUUCAUGAAGUACGUGGUUUAUCCGCAGACUUUCGCCCUGAACGCUGACCGCUGGUAUCAGAGUUUCACCAAGACCGCGUUCCUGUCGGGCCUGCCGCCGCCGCCAGCCGAGCCCGCGGAGCCCGCGCCCGCCCUGGACCUAGCGGCCCUGCGCGCCGCCGCGUGUGACUGCCUCCUGCAGGAGCACUUCUACCUGCGGCGCAAGCGGCGCCCUCCCCUCUACCAGGACCGCGAGGCUAUCGCCUCGCCGUUCCUGGAUCAGCUGGUGGCCACCCUCAUGGGCCUGCUCAGCGCACACAACCCCGCCCUGGCCACCGCCACCCUCGAUUGUAAACGCCCAGUUCACUUUUACUGGCUGCGAGGUGAAGAAAUUAUUCCUCGUGGUCAUCGGAAAGGUCGAGUUGAUGCUUUGCGAUACCAAAUAAAUGAUAAACCACACAACCAGAUUCGAAUAUCCAAACAACUCCCAGAGUUUGUGCCACUGGAUUAUUCUAUACCUGUUGAAAUCCCUGUUAUAACUUGUAAGCCAGACAAACUUCCCUUAUUCAAACGACAGUAUGAAAAUACCAUAUUUAUUGGCUCAAAGACAGCAGACCCAUACUGUUAUGGUCACACACAGUUUCAUCUGUUACCUGACAAAUUAAAAAGGGAAAGGCUUUUGAAACAGAACUGUGCCGAUCAGAUAGAAGUUGUUUUUAGAGCUAAUGCUAUUGCAAGCCUCUUUGCUUGGACUGGAGCACAAGCUCUGUAUCAAGGCUUUUGGAGUGAAGCAGAUGUUACUCGGCCUUUUGUCUCUCAGGGCGUGAUCACAGAUGGAAAAUACUUUUCCUUUUUCUGCUACCAGUUAAAUACUUUGGCACUGACGGCACAAGCUGAUCAAAAUAACCCUCGUAAAAAUAUAUGUUGGGGGACACAAAGUAAGCCUCUUUAUGAAACAGUUGAAGACCAUAAUGUGAAAGGUUUUGAUGAUGAUGUCCUGCUCCAGCUAGUUCACUUUCUACUGAACAGACCAAAAGAAGACCAGUGACAGCUGCUGGAGAACUAAGAAGAAACCAUUGACUCAGGACUUCGGGAAUACUUCAGCUCCACUGAAGGAAAAAUAAAGGGAGUUUCAAUGAUGAGACUUGUCGAAUGCAUUAUUUUGAGACAGAUACUUCUUAUGUUAACCUGUGAUUAGACCUCUCAUUUUGCUCAGAGUACACACUGAAAGAUUUAAUUUAAGUAGAAUAUGUUUUAAGGUGAUUUUAUUCAUAUAUGACUAAUUGAUGAGACCAAGUGAGCUAUCUGCAAUACCUGGUAUUAGUUGCAUGUGAUUUUGAAAGUAAUGGAAGGACAGUAAUUCAAAAGUUUUGAGACUAGGUAGAUGUGUUAUAUUUUUAUUUUUUGUUUUUAUUUUUUUCAUUGAUAAAUAGUACAGAGUUUCAGAGUCUUACUCAAACUGCUUUAAAAUUGGAACAAUAUUUUGCAAGUAUAGGAAACUGAGGCCCAGAGGAGUUGUGACUUUUUCACAAUUUCACAGUUGAUUAAUAAUAUAACUGAUGAAUUAUAUGCAACUUAGGUUCUUUGCACUCAGAAGUAACGUUAACAAGUGCAGGACUGUUGUUUAAUGCCAGCACCUAACACAUUGCACAGGGUACUCGAUAAACAUUUGACCCAGGGGCACCGGGCUGGCUCAGUCAGUAGAGCAUGCGACUCCAGAUCUCAGGAUUGUAAAUUCAAGCCCCAUGUUGGGUGUAGAGAUUACUUAAAAAUAAAAUAUUUAUAUUAAAAAAAAAAAAGAUGAAGAAGUAAUGUUAACGUAUUCUGUUCGUGUUUUGCUGUAUCCCAAAGAUGAGGAAACUAGGUUUGCUAUGUUUCAAAAUCAGUUGUCAGUUAGUAGUAAAAUUGUUAAUCUUGUUGAGAAUUAAGAUUUCAUUUAAGACAUUUUUAGUGAGAAAAAGGAAUUACCUUUGUAUAAUCAUGCUUACUGUUUUUAUGUUAUAGAACCUCCUGUUGUGAAUUUUUAAAACACCCAAUUAGGUAAUGUCAUAUGACAAAUUCCCUCCCUUCCUCCUUUUCUUCUUUCCUUCCUUCCCUCCCUCCCUCCCUCCCUCUCUUGCUCUCUCUCUUUCAAGACAGAGGCCACAGUUAUAUUGAUCGAUUCCUCAGCUAGAAGCCUGGGGAUUAUUGCCAUAGAUGUUUGCUAAACUGAAGGAAUAGCAUCUGAAAGAUGUUACUCAGUUCAGCCAAAGGCUUGCUUUGCAAGGCUUUGUGCUGUGUUCCAUCUUUAGCACACUAUUUUCAGUUUACCCAGAAAGCCAUGUCAUUUCACACCACCAUUUGUUUAUUUAAGCAGUUUACAAAGCUUGGAAUACUGUUCCCUACCUUUGGUCCUGUCUGUUCAAUCCAUGUAUUGCGUCCGCAUUCAUCCUUGAUGGAAAAAUGCAGAUGUAUAGAGAACAACCUUACCAAGCUCCAAGUACAGUGAUACUUCUCUUAAUGUUAGCUUUCACUUUCUAAUUCUUUGCGUCUUGGGCAAUUUGAGUUGCCAUCCUUUUUUUCUGCCCCCCUAAAACAAAAUUACCUUACAGAGUUUAAGGAUGAAAUGAACUAGUGCAUGCAAAAGUGCUUUUAAAAUUCUAUGUAGUUGAAAUACUUAGGAUUCAGUUGAAAUGCCCUUGCUUUCCCUAAGCUGAUUAUAUUUAAUUCAUGUUUAAUUGUCCCAUCCUUUGAAUACUUAAACCUUUGGUAGCACCUGUUUCAUUCUCUCGUAAUAAUUUUUCUCAUCCCAAAUGGAGAACACAUGCCACAUACAUACAUACCGUAAUAUAUAUCAGGACCUCACAUAACACUUACUAUAUUCUAGAGAGUGACCUAGAUAUUUUAUGUAUAUUAGCUUAUUUAAUCAUCACAAACAUUCCAUGAGCUAGGCACUAUUUUGCAGAUGAGUUAACGGCACAGAAAACCCAGUAACUUACUGAAGAACAAAUACUACAAUGUGGCAGGUUUGAAAUUUCAGCUCUGGUGAUCUGACUCCAGAACCUACUUAAAACCACUCUGGUGUAUAUUCUUUAAUAAUACACUGUAGAUGUCAGUGCUACAGAAGUACAACAGUGACAUAAAUUUAGAUAAAGGAUGGGUUAAUUCUGACUAGUAUGAAUCCUGGAAAUGUGUUUUGGAGCAAGUGGUAUUUGAAUUGGCUCUUGAGAGAGGGUAUUUUCCAACAAGAGGACAAUAAGUGGAUGGAACUGUGAGUGAAGGUGGGAAGCUGCAGGAUGGACUUGGGAAAUAGGCAGUAACUUCAUUUAUGCAAGUUAGAUGUGGCCUAAAAGCAGUUGGGGAGAAAAAUUAUUUACCAAGAAACAAAAAUGUAACUGGUCUCAGACUUGCAUAACACUGAGCAUUAGGAAACAGUGCAGCAGUGUCACAGACUUCCAGAGGAAAAGCUACAACACAAAGUCUAGGACCAGCCAAGAUAAUAGACAAUGUAGAACGAUUGAAAAAAAAGGAUGCCCAAGUCACUUACAAAAUAAGUUUAUGAAAGUGUACUAUAGUUGAUUAGCAAAU